GUGCUCUGCUCCCCUCCACCACCAACAAAAAUGGCGCGAAACCUCCUCUGCCUCCCGGGGAAUGUUUCCGCAUUUCGCGCCCCUCUCGCAGCCCUCUUCCUCCUUUCUCUCCUUUUCCACUCAACCAGCGCCGCCACCCACGACUACCACGACGCUCUCCGCAAGAGCAUCCUCUUCUUCGAAGGCCAACGCUCCGGCAAGCUCCCCCAGGAUCAACGCCUAAAAUGGCGCCGCGACUCUGCAUUGCACGACGGGUCCACCGCCGGAGUGGACUUAUCGGGCGGCUACUACGACGCCGGCGACAACGUAAAGUUCGGAUUUCCAAUGGCAUUCACGACGACGUUGCUGGCGUGGAGCGUCAUCGACUUCGGGAGAACCAUGGGUCCGGAGCUGAAGAACGCGGUUCGGGCCGUGAAAUGGGGCUCCGACUACCUCCUCAAGGCGACGGCGGUGCCCGACGUCGUUUUUGUCCAGGUCGGCGACCCCUACUCGGACCACAACUGCUGGGAGCGGCCGGAGGACAUGGACACGUCACGCGCUGUGUACAAGAUCGAUAAGAACCACCCGGGGUCUGACGUGGCAGGCGAAACAGCCGCUGCUCUCGCCGCUGCUUCUAUCGUGUUCAGAUCACGUGACCCGGCUUACUCUAGAUUCCUCCUCAAUCGAGCCGUUAGGGUUUUCGAGUUUGCUGACAGGCACCGGGGUGCGUACAGCGCCAGCCUGCACCAUGCCGUGUGCCCUUUUUACUGCGACGUGAACGGCUUCCAGGAUGAGUUGCUGUGGGGAGCAGUGUGGCUGCACAAGGCAUCGAGGAGGCGCGUAUACAGAGAAUAUAUAGUGAAGAACGAGGUGGUGUUGCGAGCAGGUGAUACCAUUAACGAGUUUGGUUGGGACAACAAGCAUGCUGGGAUUAACGUCCUCAUUUCCAAGGAAGUGCUUAUGGGAAAAGCAGAUUAUUUCGAAUCUUUCACACAGAAUGCUGAUGGGUUUAUAUGUUCCAUACUGCCUGGACUUUCUCAUCCUCAAGUCCAAUAUUCUCCUGGUGGCUUGAUAUUCAAGCCAGGAGGUAGUAACAUGCAGCAUGUAACCUCACUUUCAUUCCUACUUCUGUCCUACUCCAACUAUCUAAGCCAUGCCAAUAAGAACGUGCCAUGUGGCGAGACCUCAGCCUCCCCUGCUUUCCUCAAACAAUUGGCCAAACGCCAGGUGGACUACAUUCUAGGUGAUAAUCCAUUGAGGAUGUCGUACAUGGUCGGAUACGGUGCACGCUACCCACAGAGGAUACACCAUCGGGGCAGCUCGCUACCAUCGGUGCAGGCUCAUCCGGCCCGUAUCGGGUGCAAAGCCGGGUCUAGAUACUUCUUGAGUCCAAAUCCCAACCCAAAUUUGCUGGUGGGAGCCGUUGUUGGUGGGCCCAACAGCUCAGACGCAUUCCCGGACUCGAGGUCUUUCUUCCAAGAAUCCGAGCCCACCACUUACAUCAAUGCACCGUUGGUGGGCCUACUUUCAUAUUUUUCAGCCCACUAUUGAUUUCAGUACCCAAAUGUAAAUUGAGAGAAGUGUAGUGGUGCGCUACGCUAAGGUCACCCACGCACGUACCCUACCCCCAAUUAUUCUGAAAUAUUCCAAUUGUACCCAAAUCCCAAAUUGAUGAAGAAACCACUGCUAAUGCAAGCAAAUGGUCUUUUGAUUACUUUUGAAUGUGA